AUGUCCCUCCAUACCUCCUACCACGCGGAUUCAGACGCCGAUGAUGAGUACGAACGCAGCGUCAUUACCUCCCCGCAUCUAGCAACGGAUUCAGAAGGCUCUGCAUCGGAGUCAGAGUUCCCGUCAGCAGAGCCUACUCCGACCUUUGCCCAUAAUGAAGAUAAUUCCAAGAUCCCGGACACCAUAAUCACCGAAUGGACUGCCGAGGAAUGCGCGAGCUUUGUUGCCUCCUUGGGCCUGCGCCAAUACUGUCAGGCGUUUAUAGAGAACGGUAUUGUUGGAGAGGCGCUUAUCGCGUUGAGACACGAUGAGCUGAAAGAAAUGGGCAUUGCCAGUGUGGGGCACCGGUUGACCAUACUCAAGAGUGUCUACGAGAUGAAAGUAAAGCAGGAUAUUCCGCUCGAUGCCGACCACUACAUUCCCCUUUCUGCCGAUCAAAGCAUGAACGAAAGCGCAACGCAGGAAGAUAUAGCUCGCCUGAUUCAAUCCAUCAGACUCCGGGACGAGAAAAUCAUGACUGUGGAAACAGAGCUACGGCGUGUGUUGGAGGACUACCGACGACUGAGGGAGGAGCUCCUGCCCGUCUUCAAAAUGGCAAAGGACAAAUCCCAACCGCUGCCUCCCCCGACAGCCGUGUCUUCGUCGGACGGCUAUUAUGACGAUAGACUCUCAGGGUCAACCCUCACAGGCCAACAGUCUGGCAUUACCAUCCUCGACCGAUCCGGCUCUAUCUUGUCCCGAAACCUGUCUAAACGAGUUCAUGGAGGCACUACUCCCAAAAACAACUCUCCAACCCACAUUCCUCCUUCUAUCCACGAGAACCGGGCGUACAAUGAUGGCACCAACCUUGACCCAUCAGCCGCUGCUGUCGCCGCAUCCUCACACCUCAGCACUAUGAAUGGAAAGUCACAACUAUCACCCAAUUUACCGUCGCCGACAUCUCCCAGUAAUCACUACGGCGCACCGCAGACCCUAGCGUCUCGUGCCUACACACAGCCAGGCUCUGCCCGCAAUCCCCACGACCACUAUGACGACAAUCCCCAAUCUCAGUCCCGCUCAGACCGUUUGAACACCACUUCUUCAUCAGCCACGCGUUCGGAGAUUCCUUCGCGAUCUGAGUCUAGAGCGGGGGGUGAGACUCCAAGCGUGGAAAUUUUCAAAUCCUUUCGUGUCUCCGUCGAUGAUCCAUGCUACAAGGUCCUCCCGGCCGCUCUUAAGAAGUAUAACAUCAACGGCGAUUGGAAGCAGUACGCUCUUUACAUUGUGUAUGGCGAUCAGGAACGUUGUCUCGGGCUAGAAGAACGGCCGCUUAUUCUCUUUAAGCAGCUAGAAAAGGAAGGGCGAAAGCCGAUGUUUAUGCUGCGGAAACAACAACAGGCGCCUGAAAGUACCACUGCAUAUCCACCCAGCGGGGGCUCAGCGCCGAACAGUGCUGGCUUUGAGCCGCGACAAGCGCAGAUCAACCUUCCCGGCGGAGUUUUAUAAAGGCAUGCGACUUGGAUGAAGCGACUUCUUUUUUUUUUCUUGAGAUACCCCUCCAUUCGAGGCCAUUUCGACCCCCUUCUUCACUUCGACAUUCUUCCGAUUCUCCGUAUUUAGCUUUCAAGACCGUUUAAUUCGAAUUUGCGCGGGUGCCUGGCGUUGGGAUUGGAUAGGGAAAAUAAUGAAACAAACCAUUAGCGUAGCUGUUAUUUUAGAUCCUUACGAUUUCAAAGACUUUUCUUGAGCAGCUGG